GCUAAUGCGUGUCGGUUCAACCAAGCGGAAGUUUGUUCAGUUUAUUUUAAAAGAAGAAGAAGAAGCAAUGGAAACCGAAUGAAACUCGUUUUUGUAGCUGUUGUUUUCUAAAUUUGAGUGGCUAAAUGAGGAGCGCGCGUGUCCGUUAGAGCUGAAAUGUCUAACAUUAAGGAGUAUAUCGACAAAGUGACUCGUGUUUAUGAGAGAUACACCGAGUAUGUGAGGAGGAACCCAGCUGCCACAGCGCAGCUGGAGAACACUGUGCGGACUCUCUCCUACCUGAUAGCAGGGCGAUUUGCUGAUUCCCAUGAAUUAUCUGAACUAGUGUAUUCUGCCUCCAACCUUCUGGUGCUUUUUAACGACAGCAUCCUGCGUAAAGGGCUGAGAUGUGCUUUUCCUCCGUCUCUGUCUCAGCAGAGACUCCUCACCUGGCUGUCGGUGCUGGAGCACGUGGAGGUUUUCCUGGAGAUGGGAGCCGGCAGGCUGUGGGGUGAAGUCGGCCGCUGGCUCGUGAUCGGACUCGUUCAGCUUUUUAAGGCAGCUUUCCGCAUCGUUCUUCUUCUCGUCUACAAAUCCGGCCUUCAGACUUCACCUCCCAUAAUCCCUCUGGACAGAAGUGCAGAAUGUGUUGGUGAAGGUGAUGCUAACAGCGAGGAGCAAGAAGAGUCCUGCUUUGUGGGUCAGAGGUCAGGACGAGUCAUCAGGCCUCUGGGAAGCGCUCCAUCCCUGCAGUCCCGGCUGUGGGGAGCAUCCCCCCAGAGGAAGAAGCGGAGCAGCUUGAAGGAGAAGCUCAACAGCAAACCAACAUCUCUGGGCCUUCAGGAGACCAUCGCAGAGUCCGCGUUCAUUGGACGGCCGCUCGUGCACCUACUCUGUCUUGGACUCUGCGGGAAGCAGUCCUGGAAGCCGUGGCUCAUCUCUGGACUCCUGGAAAUGUCGAGCUUCGCCGUCCUCCAUGAAGCCAAAUUUCAGAACCGAUGGGAGCGAGCUGAGAUGAGGAGGAGGGCCUUCCUUCUGUUGUACUACCUGCUGCGUUCACCUUUCUAUGACAGAUACUCAGAGGAGAAGAUCCUCUUCCUCCUCAGACUUCUGGCUGAUCACAUUCCAGGAGUCGGACUUGUGGCGCGUCCUCUGAUGGAGUACCUCCCCGCCUGGCAGAAGAUCUACUUCUAUAACUGGGGGUAAACCUGCAGGACUCCAUGUUUGUAAAUGAUCUGAGGCAGCAGGGAGGAAGGACCCGUCUGGAUGCUGCUCCUCCUCCUCCAGAGACAGAGACGCUUCCCAUCAAUCCCCACAAAUCUGAUUAAAUUUAGUGGAAAUGAUUCCAAACACAUUUCAGACGUCAGGAACAGCUGACCUUGUGAUCCUGACGAAGCCAUCAUCCUGUGCUAGAAGCAGAUUUGCCGCCCGUCAGGCAGGUUGGGCCACUUCAUUCCUCCAGUUUAAGAUUUAAGCUCCGUCUCCGGGAUGACAGAUUUAUGACUUGUGUGACAUCUUUGUGGUGAUUUUCGUUGUCAGCAGCUGGCUGCAGAGGCUGCGCUGCAACAACACAAAACUUUUCCCAUGACUGGAGAUCAGUUUCCAACUGAACCCCUGCAGGUCGCCGAGGACUUUCUCCUCCAUUCAGGCCAGUUCUUGCUCUCUGUUCUGGAUGCGUUUCCCCGUCUGGGAGGAUGCUUUUCUCCUCAAAGAACUUUGAAAUUCCAGUUUCUUUUUAUUUCAUUAAGAUUAACAACAUACCAGGAACGCUUUCCUCCCCAGAAACUGUUAAAAAACUGGAUUCAUACUUUUUCCCUGUUUGUUGCUCAAAUCUUAUUAAAACUAUCAAAGAUAUCAUUUCAACACGUUUAAUGCCAGUUUGGUUCAAAUAAAAAAAUAUCUAUUAUUUCUUUCUCUUAAGAUCAAUCUUAACCCUUUAGAGCCCGGCUCAAGAAAAAAUGGGGAGAAAAGUCAAAUAUUUUUUUCUGAAAUCUUUAUUUGCCCUUUAACAAAAUGUAAAAAAAAAAAAAAAAAUUAGGGCUGUCAAAAGAUAAAAAAUGUAACCAGAUUAAUCCCAAAUUAAUUAAUCAUGGUUAAUCACCAUUCGCAGCUAUGCUUGAAAUUUGAUCAUUUUUACUGUAUUUUAUACUGUAUUUUUUUUUUUUUUUUUUUUUACAAAUUAGAUGAUUAGUUCAGUUGUAAUAAUCAGUUCAAUAUUUCAUAAAAUCUAGACCUAUAAAAAGGUGUCAUCUAUGCCCCCCUUUUCCUGGUCAGAGCUCCUGCCUGGCCCCCCAUCAGAACUUUUCUAGACGCGGCCCUGCAUAUAAACCCAGUCUACCACCAGCAGCUACCCAGUUAGAGAAGGUCCUGCCAACAACAAGACUUUGGGGUAAAUAUGUGACGGUGUGAACAUGAACCGCUAGCUUCCUCUUUCUCAGCUGAUCCAUAAACACACACAACAAGAGAGAAAAGCUGAUCAGCUGAUCGCUGACAGCCGCCAUGAUUCAUAAAAGAAUAUGAGAGGGAGGAGCCACGCUGGGCUGCACAGAGACGUCCGGAGAGCCACUAACCAGGUAAACGCAGGAAGUCUUUUCUUUUUAUUAAAGGCGGGAAGAGUGCGGCUGUGGAGCCCUCGCAACCCGAGAAGUUCGGGUGUUAAAACGCCACCAUCCUCCCGGGGCGGCACCCAUAGGUCCAUAAGGGAGAAAUGAUGGACGUAUUCUGCAAAUGCGUUAAUUGCAUUAAAAUAUUAUUAGGGUUAAAAUAUUAACGGAAUUAAUAACAUAAAUUAGUUACUGCUGUUAACGCGUUAUUUUCGACAGCCCUAAAAAUAACCAAAAUAAUUUUAUAUAUUUAUUUUUUGAUGUCAAAAAUGUUGUAGUGUAAAAGGUGUCCACCAGGGGGCAGAAGACGUAUCAUUGUGUACUACAGGGUUUUAAGCAAAGUUUUUACCAUAAAAUGAUGCAAAAUGUCUCAAACUUAUCAGUAAUAAAUACAGCAUUAAAUGGUUAAAUAUACUGAAGACUUGAUCAAAGUUUUUAUAGUCCUUUUUUGGGAGACUGUUUUUAGUCUUCUAAGGACCUGAAAGGGCAGUAAAUUUUAAAUCCGACACUGUAAAACCAAUCACUGUUAGAGUAGUUAUUUUUAGUAGAUUUAACUCGCCGGCCAUCAGAGACUUUUUUCCUUCAUUAGUGGACACAAAACAAAACAUUACAGACUCGGUUUUCCACUUUUCUUCUCAAAAUGCCCCAUCAACUUCAGUCCUAAUUAAAAAUACCAAAUAUGUAACUAUUCAGUUUAUUUUAACCCUUUCAAUGCCUGUUUAAUUAUACAAUGCAAAUUUUUAUGAAAAGAAACUUCAUGCAUGUUUGGGUGAUUUUCAGGAAAGAUCCAAGUUAGUGUUUUAUGAUUAAUUUUUAGUAAAUUUAAGUCUAAGAAAACUCCCUCCAACUCACAAACGUGUUUUAUGAAAAUUAUUUUUCUUUUUUUCACAUGUUAAUAAAUUGGCAUUUAAUGACAUAUUUAGUGGAAAGAUUUUAAAAAAGUGGAAAAAUCUCAAUCUUUGUUUUAUGGCACUUUUUGGGAGAGGACUUCUUUGUCCUCUAAAAUAAAUCUUUUUUGUAAAAUACUAAUAAUCCCAGAUCUUAACAUUUCUUAGAUGGAAAGUAACUCACUUUAUGUAUAUUUUUGAAGAAAAACAGUGACGUAAUUAAAUUAGCCUUUUAAGUGUUAAAAUAAUUUAAAUAAAUGCAUAUUUGGUACAUUACAGUCAUUUAGCAGACGCUUUCAUCCAAAGCGACUUACAGUGGUCGGGGUCUAGCCAAAAGACCCAACUGGGAGGUGUUGAGAUUUGUCUCUUGGGGGGAAUCGAACUCUCUCUCCUCCGUCUCCUGCAUGGGAGACGGCUGCUCUGCCACCCGAGACAUCCAGCUACAGGUUUCAUAAGGAUUGACACUGACUUUUUUGGGCUCUAGUGGCCUUUAUUUGACAGUACUUGGACAUGGACAGGAAAGUGGGGUCAGAGACAUUAAGCUAAGCUACUAACCGCCCCAGGUCGGGACUCGAGCCAGUGCACCGAGGAGCUGUAGCCUCUACGUGGAGGUGGCUGCUCGACCGGUUGAGUUACACACCACAAGCUGACCUACAGUUUUAAGACAAGAAAAAAGUGAAGCUGUUUCUGUCCACUAAUGACCUGAAGGAAGAAAAUUCCCACGAGAGUUAAUAUUUGUUUCCUGCAGAAAAAGCCAAAAAAAUGGAGUCAAUAAGAAGGUUUUUGAUCUUUAUUAACAUACUGAAUAAGUUUUUUUUGUAGCCUACAAAUAAAUACUUUCAUCCUUUCAGUCCACACGUGUUUUUUUCUGGAGGCUCUCAGUAGGUGAGGAAUACACAGGCAUGUAGAGGGAAAAAUAUCAGAAAAUGAACAAACCGCCUCCAGACCUCAUCUGCUCGGCCAACAUGGAGUCUGCUCAGAGCGCAAGGCGAAGGGGGGUGUGUGAUGGAUGGAAACGCUCACACCACGCCGAGCACGUCUGAUUCCUGUCAACCGUUUACAGCCGUGGAAGUGAAACAAGCCGAAGUAAAUGACAGCAGAACAGAACCGCCGGGUCGGCCGUCUGGAGGAAAUAACAGCAGCUAAGACGUCCGAUGGUUCACCUCCACAGAAUCAGUGCUUCGUGU